AUGCAUAUCCUGUUUAAUAAAAGGGUACCGGUGAGAUUAAGGUUUCUUCUUCUUCCACUUCAAUCAAUUCCUUUAUUUAUCCAUUCCCCGUCCCUUAUUCUUCCUUUUCAGGACUUCUUCUGCCUCCCGCGCCUCCACAACGUCUUCUCAGAAUCGUUUUUGCAGUCUUUAGGCGAUUCCGUUACAACUUCGAGUUGCAAAAGCACGGAGUUGGAGCAAUGUCGCGACGAGUCAGCGGCGUUGGUUUUGAAAUUCGUGGCGAUGGCGUCGAUUAUGGUGGCCGGGUUUGGGGGGAUCGCGAUUCCUCUGGCGGGGAAGUCGCGGCGGUUGCUGCGGCCGGACGGGGACGCGUUCACGGCGGCGAAGGCGUUCGCGGCGGGGGUGAUUCUAGCGACGGGGUUCGUGCACAUGCUGAGAGACUCGUGGGAGGCGCUGGGGAACCCGUGUCUGAGGACGCGCUGGGGCGCGUGGGGGAAGUUUCCCUUCACCGGUUUCUUCGCCAUGGUGUCCGCGCUCUGCACUCUCCUCGUUGACUUUAUGGCGACUGGGUACUACGAGCGGAAGGAGGGGCGUCGGCGCGUGGAGCGUGCAAAGGUUGUUGAUGAGUUUGGGAGUGACGAGGAGGCGUUGUUGGAAACGGGAAUUGUGGAGGUCAUGGACGUUGGGGGAGAGGGAAGGCACCCCGCGCAGCGUACACACUCCCACUCGCACCACUGUGAUGACGUGGAAAGUACCGUUCGGCACGUCGUCGUUUCACAGGUAUUGGAACUAGGGAUUGUAUCCCAUUCGAUGAUAAUUGGGUUAUCUCUAGGAGUUUCUCAAAGUCCUUGUACCAUGAGACCCUUAAUUGUGGCAUUAUCCUUCCAUCAGUUCUUCGAAGGAUUUGCACUUGGUGGAUGUAUCUCCCAAGCCCAAUUCAAGACCUUAUCAGCAACAAUAAUGUCAUGUUUUUUUGCUCUAACAACGCCCUUAGGAGUUGCCAUUGGGGCUGGUAUUGCUUCAGUUUUUAACCCUUUCAGUCCAGGGGCACUCAUAACUGAAGGCAUCUUGGACUCUUUGUCAGCUGGGAUUUUAAUGUACAUGGCUUUAGUGGACAUAAUAGCUGCAGAUUUUCUUAGCAAGAAAAUGCGUGGCGACUUUAGGCUUCAGAUUACAUGUUACUGCUUGCUUUUUCUAGGUGCUGGAUUGAUGUCUUCACUCGCAAUUUGGGCAUAA